GCAUUUCCCAGGCCAGGCGACGCAGGAAAGGGACGCCACAUCGUAGGCAGCAACGGUCUCUGCGCGGUCACCACGCAGCACAGGCUGUAGCAAGUGUCGCGCACACCGAGCGAGCAAGAGAGCGUCAGGAGAACCUCUUGACCCCUCUUUUGUCCGUCGCCUGCAUGCGCCCGUUAUAAGUAGCAGCAGCCGGCGCUGAUGGAGGCCGUGGCGUGGGCGGCGAGGAGGUCCAUUCAGGAGGCCGCGGCCUCGUACGUGCAUCAGGCGGCGGCCGCGCGGUCCACGGCGAGGUCGGUGGAGACGAUCGUGGUGAUCAUCGCGGCCAUCGUGCUAGCCGCGGCGCUCGCCGGGGCGUGCGGCGGGAGGCACGUGGCGCCGGGCGCGGACGCCGAGGGGUGGGUGGAGCGCCGGUGCCGCAGCUGCCUCGACAGCGGCCUGCCGCCAGCAACAUCAGCAUCCAAGGCCAGCGAGGCCAAAUAGCUUGUCUUCUCCCUUCCCUUGUAGUGUAGUUGUAUUCUUGUAGCCUAGCAGUAGCAGUGUAGCAUAGCGAUACCACUAAGCAUCAGAUCAGUUACUAGUACUGCCGUAAUGUAGAAUUAGAAUUCCGUAAGCAAACAGCUGGAUGCCAAGCUGUUCUUUGCUCCGCGAGGAUAACAGAUCAGAAGGGCCUCAUGAAUUCCUUGCUGUAAUAUUUGUUGCGCUCAUAGUUCCAAUAUAUGCAUACUUUGGCACUGAUA